AUGGAUUCUGCUGGAAAAUCAUUCAAAAUAGUACCACUUGAUAAAUUAAGUAAAUAUAAAUAAUUCUGAAAUAAUUACAUAUGUAUAGUAUUUAAAUAACUUGGUAUUCAUUAAAAUAAAUAUAUACAUUUUAUUAUCCACAACAAGUCACAGUGACAUGACAAUUUUUAACAUUUUUUGACAUUAGUAAUUUUAUUCCAUAGAUAGUGAUGUUCAACAUUUAAUAACUAUGAGCACAUUGGCUAGAGAAAAAGCAUAUUGUCCAUACAGCAACUUCAAAAUCGGAGCUGCUUUACAAUGUGAUGAUGGCACUAUCUUUGCAGGCUGCAAUGUAGAAAAUGCAUCAUAUGGACUUGCAAUAUGUGCUGAACGUACUGCUAUUGUAAAAGCUGUGAGUGAAGGAAAAAUGAAAUUCACUAAAAUUGCAAUUGCUGGGUUAAACAAUAACCAAUUUGUUUCACCUUGCGGUGCUUGUAGACAAUUUUUAAGUGAAUUCAAUAAUGUUAAUGAUGAUGUGGCAAUUUAUUUAUAUCAACCCAAAGGUAGCAAUGUACUUGUAACAAGUAUUUCAGAAUUACUGCCAAUGGAUUUCAAAUUUAAUGAAAUUAAAGAUUAUUUAAAUAAGAUUUAUUGA